AUGGUGGAUCUUCCAGGAGUAUUGUUAUUCUGGAAAGAUCCAGAAAGACUAAUUGAUCUGAUACUUCUCCAGCCCGAUCGGCCAGAGAGUUUUUACUUCCCUACACGUGAUAUACUGCCGGAUAUCAAGGGAGAUUCUAGCAAGGAGCUUUUGGAGACAACUUAUGGCAAACUAUCUUUAUAUCUUACUCUCAGAUUCAGCAGUAUUCAAUUCUCAUUUACAGCAGCCAUCUUAUCGGAAAAGCGCAAGCGCAUCGAAGGGGACAGAAUGAAACUAAACGUUUAUUCGAACUUUGCAUCACUCAUUCAUGGUUCGCCGCUUCUCGAAUCUCAUUUUGCCUGUGCUCGCGUUUUGGCUGAUGCAAUUCUGUUGAAUGUAUCAUCUAGUGUAGCAAUCAUGAUUAACACCAUUGAAGUACUUAUUACUUUGAGUAUUCAUAUCAAUAUCCCGGAAGACCCCAAAAUCGGUCCAUUAUCGUCAACAAUUACAAUUUUGCCACAAACAUCAAACAUUUACGUUGAUCAAGGAAGUUGGGAAAAGGCAGUUGCACUUGCUUUGAACAGCAAAGCAUCUUCUAUUCACAUAUCUUACCUCAUUGGUCAAAUGAAACAAUUACAUGUGCAAUUCCACUAUCCAACUUCAUAUAUACUUUUCUAUGCUUCAAGCCAUGUUGCCAUGUGGUGUUUUUGUCAGCCGUUGACUGUGUUCACAUAUGCAGAUUUCGAAGGCAUCAAAAAAUCAAUUGACAACGAUAAUUCCAGCAUGAUCGCCUCACAGAUGUUUCAAGAAAUUUGUUAUGAAGUGAUUAAUUUCCCUACCACUGCAAAAUUGAACAAAGCUCUUGUCGUCAACUCUGUGGCGGAACUCAAUAAUAGCAAAAUAAAAAUCUUAUUUAAUAGUCUUCUCACCCUGUUCGGAGACAACGACAACAUACCCAUUUUACAACAUCGUGAUCUCAACCACGUCAUGCAAUAG